UUAUCCUCAAUCCUGAUAUCACGGUUUCUUAUCCACAUUCGUCAAGCUGCAGAUGGCGCCGAACGCACGCUCAGUGGCCAGUCGACUAUAGCCUUCAGAAACUCACAGCCCAACUCGACGCAGCGAUGGAGUUUCUCGAUGGCGGAACUGGCCGCUGACGUAGAUCACAAGGGCGACGGUCCUAAUUCCACCUCCCUUACCGACAGCGCCGCCGCCGAUGACGACGACUUCUUGGAAGAAGUAAGGGAUGAGGAAGAUAGAAUCAAGAAUGAAGAAAGCGGAAUCGAACUU